AUGCGUCUGCUGCGAUCCCUGGUGGGGGCAUCCCUCGCCCUGGCCGUGACCGUCAUGGCGGCCGACGAUUCUACCGACGACAGCCCCCUCCCGACCCUGACGAGCAGCGACUCCAUCCCGACGUACCCGGCCGCCGCCGUCCCCCCGACCGGCGACGCGCCCUUCAUGCACCACUCCCACGCGCCCGACGGCACCGUCUUCAUCGCCGUGGGCGCCAUCCUGGGCGCCAUGCUGCUAGGCGUCCUCCUGUGGCGCCUCGCCGUCGGCCUCCUGCUGCACCGCAGCGUCCGCCGCGCCGCCAUGGCUCAGCACCACCGCGUCGCCGACCCGGGCUCGAAGUCCUCCGACGGCCUGGCCCCCCCCGCCAUGUUCUACAAGUACACCGAUCAGGGGUCCAACAUGUCGGUCAGCAACAACAGCAACGGCGGCAACGGCAACGGCGGCGCCCACACCCCUCCCCACCACCAUCACGGUCACAGGGCAGCCGGCGGCGGCGGCGGCGGCGGCGGCGGCACGACGGGGAAGCGCAGGACGAACCGAGCCUCCGUCGUGCCCUCCUCGGCCAGCCAGUCCAACCUCUUCUUCUCGCCCACCGCCGCUCCACCGUCGGGCAACGCCCUCGCCGGGAACCGCACCUCCACCUUCCUCCCCCCCGGAUUCUACGCUGCCGGCAUCCACGGCAACAACAGCAGCAGCAACUACCCCGGCUCCGGCGCCAACGCCAACGCCAUCGGCAUGUCCAACCUCCACCCGGAUCCCUCCUUCCGCCCCACGCCGCCAGACAGCCCCUCCUUCGCUCCGGUCAGGAGGGAGUCGCCCGGCCUGCCGGCCGGCCGCCGAAACGACGUGAGCACCUCGUCCGUCAACCUGUCCAACCCGCUGCCGCCCGGCCAGAGGGCCCCGAGCGCCUACCUAGAUGACCUCUUGGCCGAUGACCCUGCUGCUCUGCCGCCGCCGCAGAUGCCCCCCAGUGCUGGGAGAACCGGCCCUAAUUCCAACAUGAUUUAG